ACAAAAAUUAACAGUUGAUCGUUGGAAGCUAAACAGUGCGUAUCCAUAAUACACUUGUUGCUGCUGUACGAGCGAAAUUUAAAGAGGCGUCCCAACAGCAUGUAUUAAAUCGCACAUACCCAUACACCCACACUCAGCGAUAAAUCCAUAAAUUCCAAUAAUGGAAGCCUGGCGCAAAUGGCGGGCAGGUCGCCGGACCGCAAAGCUGCCUGAGGAUGUCGACGAUGGACUGGAGACUUUGGAGGAGUACACGCAGCGCUGGCGCUCUGUACGCAUCAUCUACUUUACCAUGUUCCUUAUGUCCUUGGGCUUUAGCAUUAUCCUGACGGGCAUUUGGCCAUUUCUUAACAAGCUAGAUCCCAAUGCGGGCAAAGAGUUUAUGGGUCUAGUUGUGGCAGCGAAUCCCUUGGGCCAGAUGAUCUUUAGCCCCAUAUUUGGCUGGUGGGGCAAUAAGCUGGGCAACAUACGCCUGCCAUUGUUGAUCUCAUUGGCGCUCUUUACGUUUGCUAGCGGCAUGUAUUCCUCGCUGGAGCUGCAGCCACCUAAUGUCAAGUACUGGAUGCUUGCCUCACGUUUCCUUAUUGGCGUCAGCUCUGCCAACAUAGCCCUGUGUCGCUCGUAUCUGUCGGCAGCAACGCGUCUAAGCGAGCGCACGCAUGCUGUGUCUAUGGUGUCGUUGGCACAGGUGCUAGGAUUCAUUAUAGGUCCGGGACUUCAAGCGCUGGUGACACCGCUGGGCAGCAAUGGACAUGUCUGGCUUUGGGGCACAAUGCACUUCAAUAUGUACACAGCCGCUGGCUGGAUAAACGUGCUGCUGAGCAUGUGGAACUUUUGUUUGUUUCUGCCGCGAUAUUUCCAGGAGCAUAAAAUUGCAGCACGUGAGAUUAUGGUCAAGCAGGGCAGCACCUCGGAGCGCGCUACCUGGAAGGGCAUUAAACCGAAUUACUUCUCCGCCUGGUCUUUGAUUAUAGCCUUCUUUGUGCUGGUGUUUAACUUUGUGCUACUCGAGACGCUGGGCACCUCUUUGACUAUGGACAUGUUCGCCUGGACCAACGAUCAGGCGCUGAGUUAUAUGGGUUUGAUGAUGGCCGCAGCUGCUAUCAUAUCGCUGGUCACAUUCUUGCUCAUUAAACCGUUAUGCGGGCUCUUUGCGGAACGUUAUGUGCUUAUCUGGGGCGGCUUCUCUUUAAUGGUGCUGGGUCGCCUGCUCUACAUACCCUGGGGACCAGAUCCCCCCAAGCUGGCGGCUGCUUAUAAUGCUAGCGCCAAUCUCAGCAUGGAUGAUCCUAUCUACUUGGGCUGUCCACCAACGCAGGAUUGGUGCAGUCAACUGCCUGCGCUUACAUUGACACAGUUCAUCGUUGGCUUUGCGCUAACGUCGGUGGGAUAUCCCAUUGGUGUGACGCUUAUACAAACUAUAUUCUCCAAAGUGCUGGGUCCGCGACCUCAAGGUGUCUGGAUGGGCAUGAUGACUGGCGCAGGCUGCUUGUCGCGUGUCUUGGGUCCUCUGUUUGUGGGCUCCAUAUACACCCGCCUGGGCACCUACUGGACCUUUGGUGUUACCUCCUCUAUGAUGCUUAUCUUCAUGAUCUGGUUACUAUACACCAACAAAUUACUUAUACCUCCCACUUUUGAUAAGCCAGAAGCAGCUGUGGAGAUGAAAGUACUGCCACAGCUAGACGCAGAUACAGCAUCGCCCAAGCAUGAGGAGUCGGACGUGCUGCUGGCUGCUGCAUCCAAGACCGUACGCCUUAUACCUAGUAGCAAGGCAUAGACUGCAAUACAUAACUUACUAUAUACAAUACUGCCCUUAAGUUUAUAGUUCACAAAGCAAUAUUUUUUAUAAAAAUUUAAUUUGAUUUUAAGUUUUAUUGGUAUACUUUCGCAUCGUACAAAUCCAAUAAAUUGUUGUUUAAGCUUAGAUAUCAUGAGAUAAUGUUGCAACCUAAUACGAUGCGAGCUGCCACAUUAUAUCAAGUCAGACAGUGAUUGCUACAUACAUGUAUAAUAUAUAUGUGUUAUGAUUAGUAAUGAGAAUAGAAUUGCCUUGAGAUGCGUGCUAAAAUUAAGUCGGUGUUUUUAUGUGUGCUGCUCUACCAAGGCGCUGGCAGCCACA